ACACUUUAUGAAGACAAGUGAAGAUGGCGGACGUAUUGAGUGUUCUUCGCCAGUACAACAUCCAGAAAAAGGAAAUUGUUGCCAAAGGGGAUGAGGUUAUAUUUGGAGAGUUUUCGUGGCCAAAAAAUGUGAAGACCAAUUAUGUCAUUUGGGGAACUGGAAAGGAGGGGCAGCCCAAAGAGUAUUAUACUCUCGACUCAAUUCUUUUCCUGCUCAACAAUGUGCAUCUUCCUCACCCGUCGUAUGUGCGAAGAGCAGCAACAGAAAACAUUCCUGUUGUUAGAAGACCUGAUCGAAAGGGCUUGCUGUCUUACCUCAACGGGGAGAGCUCUACUUCGACGAGUAUCGACAGAAGUGCCCCCAUAGAGAUUGGUUUGCAACGGCCAACACAAGUCAAAAGAGCUGCAGAUGAAGUAUCAUCUGAAGCCAAAAAACCAAGGAUAGAGGAUGAAGAACGUGUGCGUCUGGACAAAGAGCGUCUGGCUGCUCGUUUAGAGGGCCACAAGGAGGGCAUCGUGCAGACAGACCAGAUCAGGUCACUGUCAGAGGCCAUGUCUGUGGAGAAGAUUGCUGCUAUCAAGGCCAAGAUUAUGGCCAAGAAGCGCUCCACAAUCAAAACAGACCUGGAUGAUGACAUUACCCAGAACCAGAGAAGUUUUGUGGAUGCAGAGGUGGACGUCACCAGAGACAUUGUGAGCAGGGAGAGGGUGUGGAGAACCCGCACCACGAUCCUCCAGAGCACAGGAAAGAACUUUUCCAAAAACAUCUUUGCCAUCCUGCAGUCAGUGAAGGCCAGAGAAGAAGGCCGAGCCCCUGAGCAGAGACCAGCACAGAGCACCACUCAGGUGGACCCAUCCACAAGGAACAAACAACCAGUCCCAGCAGCCUAUAACCGUUACGAUCAAGAGAGAUUCAAAGGAAAAGAGGAAACGGAAGGUUUUAAGAUUGAUACAAUGGGCACUUACCACGGCAUGACACUGAAGUCUGUGACGGAGGGUGCAUCAGCCAGGAAGGCCCAGACCCCAGCCUUGCAGCCCGUCCCCAGACCAGUGUCCCAAGCCAGACCACCACCAAAUCAAAAGAAAGGCUCUCGUACCCCCAUCGUCAUCAUCCCAGCAGCCACCACGUCCCUCAUCACCAUGCUGAACGCCAAGGACCUCCUGCAGGACCUCAAGUUUGUGACAUCGGAGGAGAAGAAGAAGCAGGGCAUCCAGAGAGACAACGAGGUUCUGCUCCAGAGACGGAAGGACCAGCUCCAGCCGGGGGGGGCCACCCUCAGCGUCACCGUGCCCUAUCGGGUCAUCGACCAGCCCCUCAAACUGGCCCCACAAGACUGGGACCGUGUGGUGGCAGUAUUUGUGCAGGGUCCGGCCUGGCAGUUUAAAGGCUGGCCUUGGCUGCUUCCUGACGGAUCUCCUGUGGACAUUUUUGCGAAAAUCCGAGCCUUCCACCUGAAGUAUGACGAGGCAAAGACCGACCCCAACGUGCAGAAGUGGGACGUGACCGUGCUGGAGCUGAGCCACCACAAGCGGCACCUGGACCGGCCUGUGUUCCUGCGCUUUUGGGAAACUCUAGACAGAUACAUGGUGAAACACAAGUCCCACUUGAGGUUCUGAGAUGCAGUGAGGGACUGUCUCCGCCCCUUCAGCCUGAUCCUGAUGUGGAGCCUGUGCAUCUCACUGAUGACACCAUCCGAAACAGAAGAACAGUCACCAGGGGCGAUCCCAGUCACACCCAAGUCAGUGUCCCUCCUCCCCAUCGGCACUUAUGUCCAUUAGAGGCACUGCAUGUCCAGAUCCAGCCAAUCGCAGGACUUCCUGCCAUGGGCCAAAGUUGCAGUCAAUUUUUUAUUUUCUUUUUCUGGACACACACACACAGAUGUAGUUUGGACCAUCUGGAGGUGAACAGGGGAGAUGGGGCCAAGUUGUCCUCCAGGUUGUUCUGUAGUUGGUAAACCAAAACUAGUUUCUAAAUGCACAACAGCAUACUGUGGUACUAUGCUUUGCCAUGUUUAGUGGCCAAGGAGGAGGGUGGAUC